ACUAUUUGAACUGUAUCAGAGUGCUUGUGUGAGAGAAACGAAGGAAAAACUGAAAGAAUGGGAGAGAUGCAAUAAAUGGAAUUAGACAGUUUAAUCUAUUGUAAGAGAAAGCUGGCUGUUGGAGAAUCUGAAAACAUAUAUGGACAGAAACAGAGCAAUUAAGGGCAGAUUGACAAUAGCAGAAAAACGUGGAGGUUGUCCUACUCGAUUUCUCCGCCUGUAUUAACAGCAUUUUAUGCUCUAAAACAGGGAAAAUAUUUACUAAAACCAUAGUUGAAAAAGAUAAUAAUUGGUUCUGGAAACUAAUUAUAUUGGGUCUGUAAUUCUUAAUAUUUGAGGGCCUGCAAGAAUUAAGCCCCAUUAUAAAACAUGAGUGCAGAAUCAAUGACAACCCAGGGUAAGUUGGAGGUGAAAUUGCACAAGCCUACUCUCAUUAAGCCUGCAGAGCCCACAGAGAAUCAUGUCUAUUAUCUAUCAAAUCUUGAUCAAAAUAUAGCAGUUAUUGUACAGACUGUUUAUUGCUAUAAUGCAAUAGAAGACAAGAAAAUGGAGGACCCUGGUGUUGUGAUCAAAGAAGCACUGAGGAAGGUUUUAGUGCACUAUUAUCCUCUUGCAGGGAGGAUUGGAUUAAGCCCAGAAGGUAAGCUAAAUGUCAUUUGUAAUGCAGAGGGGGCUGUGUUUGUGGAAGGUGAUGCAGAUUGUAGAUUGGAAGAUCUGGGGGAUAUAAGCAAGCCUGAUCCAAGCACGCUGGGAAGGCUUGUUUACAGUACUCCUGGUGCUAAGAACAUCUUGGAGAUUCCUCCUCUUGCAGCUCAGGUGACUAGAUUCAAAUGUGGCGGAUUUGUUCUGGGGCUUGCCAUGAACCACUGCAUGUUUGAUGGGCUGGGAGCCAUGGAGUUUGUGAAUUCCUGGUCAGAAACAUCCAGAGGCCUCCCUCUUUCUAUAUCUCCAUACUUGGACAGAACCUUGCUCCAAGCUCGCUCUCCUCCAAAGAUAGAAUAUCCCCAUCUUGAAUUUUCUGAAAUAGAAAACCUCUCCAAUUUCACAGAUGAUUCAGAGCUAGAAUACAGGUCCUUUUGCUUCGGCCCAGAGAGGCUAGCAGAGCUUAAAAGAACAGCAAUGGAGGAUGGAACCCUGGAAAAGUGCACCACAUUCGAGGCUCUCUCAUCCCAUGUCUGGAGGUGUCGAAGCAGGGCUCUCCAUAUGGCACCGAAUCAAGAAACCAAGCUUCUUUUUGCAGUGGAUGGGAGGAAAAGAUUCGAUCCCCCACUGCCCAAGGGAUAUUUUGGCAAUGGGAUUGUUCUAACAAAUUGUCUGGCCAAGGCAGGGGAUUUAGCAGAGAAGCCUCUGUCCUUCUCUGUGGAACUGGUUCAGAAGGGAAUAGGCACGAUCACAGACAGUUACAUGAGGUCUGCCAUAGAUUACUUUGAAAUAAACCGUGUAAAACCCUCGCUGACUGCAACCCUUGUGAUAACAACAUGGUCUCAUCUAUCAUUCCACACUGCAGAUUUUGGAUGGGGGGAGCCUGUGCAGACUGGGCCUGUAACUCUUCCUGAGAGGGAAGUAGUUUUGUUUCUCUCCCAUGGCAAGGAGAGAAAAAGCAUCAAUGUCCUUCUGGGUCUUCCCCCACCUGCAAUGCAACGCUUCGAAGAUUAUAUAAAAUGAUAAUAUACCAACCCACCUCGAAGAAUAUAUAAAUAUAUAGACAUAUAUAUACUAUACAGUGAGUAUAUGCUAGCAAGUUUACUCAGUGUUAACGAACACACCAUCUGUGUGAGAGCUUGAAAAUAUCUGGAAACUUCUCAGAUGGUACUGAGGAAUCAGCUAGUGUAGCUUGCUUCUGUGUGCAUGUUAUUGUUGUCAGUUUGGUUUUCUUUUGUGGGCAUCCUUAGGACUUCGCAAUUGUAAUUUUAAUUUUUAAAUAUGCAUUUGACUACUCCAAUCAAAUCAAUAAUAUUUAUUUUAAUGUA